AUGGCUCCAAUAGUUUCUCCUGAAAAUAAUGAAAAUAAUAAUUUCAACCUGCCAGUUAUUAUUAGCUUGGUGGUUGUGGGUGUUUUAAUGAUUUCUGUGGGUAUAAUAAUUAAUCGAUGGUUGAAAAAUAAGAAAAAUGUUCUGCCGCUAGAAAAAUCAAUGAUGUCAAGAGGACCAACAAAGAAGUUUGAUAGUAUAACGCAAUUAAUAAUACCAAGUCCAGCAUUUAAUAAAGAGACAACAUUGCCAGUGUAUCGAAAAUCCGAUACAUGGGAAAGGUACCUCCAGAUGAUACAGACACCUGAUAAGUUAAAUGAUGUUGUAUUAUCAAUGAAAAUCGAUAAUAUCCACUCGAGAAAUAACAGUAAUAGCACUAGUAAUAGUCUUUGA